GUAGUCUAGUGAGGUUUUUUACUAUCUUUCACUUGCUUUACCCAUAAGAUCUAUAUCUUUCGAUUCACAGCAAUCGGCAACAGAAAUACAGCCGCGCCGUCUCGGAGUUUAAUUCUAGAGUAUUACGAGCAAAGAUCCUUGGUAUUCUCACGUGCCAUCAUAUUGGGCGGGCGUAGCUGGCGGUCCUACCCUAGGUAAAGCCGGCAAAGGUAACAUCCGAACGCCUGCAAGAUCCCGUCACUGUCGAGUCCAUCGCUAAUAAAACAAUGGCCGAUCCAUAUUUGUCGGGCUCGGAGCUGUGUGAGCAGAACUGGUGGUGGAGAACAGGAAUCGUCAUCAUAUCUUCGACUUCAACCUCCACUCCAUGUUUACAAUUUUAUUUUGUUUCCUCUACCUUACCAUUUAGACUCUGAUUCCAAUCUGUAAAAAUGGCUACCAGACGCAUCGCAACCAUUUGCCUAGCAAGCUCGACACGUAAUGCCAUCUUCAGAACCGCUCGAACGAACCCCACCCCACGAUUCCUGAUCCUACGACAGCUUCACACGACGUCGAUACGAUACGAACAGAAAGCGAAUACCAGCGCGAAGCGAGAUCCGGCGCCGACAGCUGUGCGAGGAGGAUCGAAGGUGUACAAGAAUGCGGACGAUGCGGUGGCAGAUUUGAAGAGUGGAUCAAUAGUAUUGAGUGCUGGGUUUGGGCUUUGCGGGACAGCUGAAACCAUUAUCGCAGCCAUCGAAAGGAGAGGGAAGGAGGGGUUGAGUGGCCUCACAGCAGUGUCAAACAAUGCGGGCUCAGGAAGUGGUGGAGGAUUAUCACCUCUUGUGGAAUCCGGACAGAUCGAACGAUUGAUCCUGUCUUUCCUCGGCGCAAACAAAACACUGGAGAAAAAGUAUCUGUCUGGAGAGAUUGCAAUUGAGUUGUGUCCGCAGGGAACCAUUGCUGAGAGGAUACGUGCUGGUGGUGCUGGCAUCCCAGCGUUUUAUACCCCUACAGGAGUUAAUACCUUGUUACAAUCUGGAGACAUUCCCGUAAGACUCGGACCCGUGGACAAGGCGACAGGAAAGACCACCAUUCUCGAGGCCGGCAAGCCCAGAGAAACAAGGAUAUUCGACGGCAAGAUCUAUAACAUGGAGAAUGCGAUUAAAGGCGACGUUGCGAUUCUGCGAGCAUACAAGGUCGAUGAGGCAGGAAACUGUCAAUUCCGAUACACCACCAAGACAUUUGGACAGAUCAUGGCAAAGGCAGCUAAGAUUACCAUUGUCGAAGCGGAGAACAUCGUUCCUGUUGGAGAGAUCCACCCCGACAAUGUUCAUAUUCCUGGGAUUUACGUGGAUCGUAUUGUACCUGCAACAGUUGAGAAGACUCUCGAAAGUAAGGUGCUGAAACCGGUUGAGGGUAAGGGUGAGGUGAAGAAAUCUGAUUCUCAGCUGCGACGAGAGAGAAUUGCCAAGAGGACGUCGAAGGAAUUGAAGCAUGGAUAUUAUGUGAAUCUUGGAGUUGGUGAGUGUGCAUUCUGAUGGUCUUUGUGCCGUCUUAACACUUUCCAGGAAUGCCUACCCUGGCACCAUCAUACUUGUCGCCAGAGACCAAAGUUUGGAUUCAGUCGGAGAAUGGACUUCUCGGAAUGGUAAGCUCAACUGUGCCUUCAACUGAAGCGCGGAAAAAUCUAAAUAAAACUAGGGACCAUACCCCACGGAAGAACAGGUUGAUGCCGAUGUAAUCAACGCCGGCAAAGAAACCGUGACUCUCGUACCUGGCGCCUCAACAUUCGAUUCUGCCGAGUCUUUCGCUAUGAUCCGAGGCGGCCACAUCGAUGUUUCCGUUCUCGGUGCACUCCAAGUGUCUGCUAAUGGAGAUCUCGCAAACUUCAUGAUUCCAGGUAAGGUCUUCAAGGGUAUGGGAGGAGCGAUGGAUUUGGUUGGAAACCCGGAUCAGACCAAGAUCGUGGUUGCUACGGAUCAUGUUGCGAAGGAUGGUAGCCCGAAGAUUGUUGAGACUUGUAGUCUGCCUUUGACGGGGGCAAAGGUCGUUAGUACGAUUAUUACGGAUCUGUGUGUAUUUGAAGUGGAUAGAGUAAAGGGCGGCUUAACACUCACGGAGUUAGCACCAGGAGUUGAUUUGGAUCAGGUGAAGAGUAAGACUGGCGCGAAGUUCAAAGUUGCAAAUAAUGUCAAGUCUAUGGAGUAGGCCAUUGUCAAUUGUAAAUAGAGGAGUUGAAUUGUACAAA